GCAACGCAGGCACACAGCACCGCUGCGCAACAAGAGAUCAAUCCAACACGCGGGAUUUUCGGUCUGCAGGUCCCUCAAACCAAACAUGAAACCUCAGUUGUUUGCCAUAGACCUAAUACUUCUGUGCAUAUCUUGCGGAGCAAGUGCGCUGGCAACCAGCAUUCCUGCUCUGUCCACGUCCAACUUCACCAAUCCUGGCGCAGCGCGCAGCUAUGGGACAGACGCCGCGGCUCUUUCUAAAAGCAGGAGGAAGCGUUAUAUCAGUCAGAACGACAUGCUUGCCAUUCUUGAUUAUCAUAACAAAGUGAGAGGGAAGGUGUUUCCCCCAGCAUCCAACAUGGAAUACAUGGUGUGGGACGACACCCUGGCCAAGACGGCCGAGGACUGGGCUCACGCCUGCCUGUGGGAGCACGGGCCACCUAACCUCCUCAGGUUCCUGGGUCAAAACCUCUCCGUCAGGACAGGACGCUACCGGUCCAUUCUUCAGCUGGUAAAGCCGUGGUACGAUGAGGUCAAAGAUUACUCUUUUCCAUAUCCCCGCGACUGCAACCCUCGAUGCCCUCUCAGAUGCUAUGGACCCAUGUGCACCCAUUACACACAGAUGGUGUGGGCAACAUCCAACAAAGUAGGCUGUGCUGUUCACACAUGCCACAAUAUGAAUGUAUGGGGCUCAGUGUGGAAGCGGGCAACAUAUUUAGUUUGCAACUACUCACCAAAGGGUAACUGGAUCGGAGAGGCUCCCUACAAAGUAGGCGUACCCUGCUCCGCCUGCCCUCCCAGCUACGGGGGCUCCUGCAGCAACAACAUGUGCUUCCCUGCUCUCAAGACAAACUACCUGCACUGGUUCAAAUAA